CUAUUCGUUUCCGACUAGGCGAUGGAUACUUUACAUUAAAUGAUGAUGUAUACUGGAAAUACGACCCUCAUGCUAACAUCGCAUCCAUAGCUUCUCGUAUGAAGGAUGGUUGGCGUGUUGUUCGGAUCAACCCCAACCUCGGAAAAACGAAGGGUGCCAAAGCUCAGAAGCCACGAAAAAGCAGACGUGCUGGCCCAGAAAAGGCCAAUCCAGUUGCCGCUGGUUCGUUAGAAAACCAAGCCGAACAACAGGCGCCUGUCAUCGAUGAGCCAGCAGUUGAACCCAGUACCCCUCAGCGCGUAGCCAGCUCGCUUGUCAUUGAUGAGCAACCAACGGUCCAACCUAGCACACCUGUGCUAGUUUCUACCUCGCCUAUUGUUGGGUCGACACCAACACCGAAGCCAAGCACUGUUUGUUCGCCAUCUACACAAAUCCCAUUCCGGAACCCGGACCUCAACGACCAACCCUUACACUGGUCGCCACGCAUGUUCAAGUCCGAGAUAGAUCGUCACAACUGGACCUGGUCUGAAUGGGAUUCUCCAUCCCAGACAAUUGAGGAGGUCACAUACGAGAGUGAAGAUUGGCCUAUCCACGAUCCAUUCGCUCGCUACCCCCCAGAAAUCAGACAACGACUCAGGGAUGUUCUCGCAAUGAAGCCUGAAUUGACCCCUUCCUCUGAUUCCGCAGAAGGGUUCUCGCCCAUUGAGUUUCACUAUAAUGGGUUUGGAAUUGAGAAAGUUGGUUCAUCUGCACAAAAUGACGAUGGCAAGUCUGAAGACCUGUCGAGUUGGGUCCUGAUCAAUGAUCACCCAUGGUCCCCCACCCUACUCCAGAUGUGGAUCGAUAGCGAAAAGGAUCGAGACAGACAAGCAGCUAGGAGAAAAGAAUUCCAGCUGAACGACGAUACUUCAACCGUAUCAAGUCUCGAUACAGUGGACUUCCUAGCCGAAAUUCAUUGCCCUGAACAGAAUCGUCCUGAACCCAGCCAUCUCGAGCCCAACAGUUCUGGAUCCAACCGCUCUAGGUCGGUCAACAUAUCUUCUCUACUUCAACUUUACAUCGAUAGCGACAACGAUCGCCAGAGAUGGGAAGCGGAAGAUAAGGACGCUCGUGUCAGCUCUCCCAAGAGCAUUCCCGACUCUAUGCCAUCUCGCCCUGACGCACCGACUCCUUCAGCGUCUCGUCCAGACGAAUCCAUUCCCUCAGCGCCAGCAUCUGUUCAAGAUGUGCCCAGUGCUCCAGCUUCUGUUCAAGAUGUGCCCACUCUUCCAGAGUAUGUUUCAGAGGCACCGGUCAUCUCACCAGAACCUACUCCAGAAACUACUUCUCCCGCGCCUGUUCCCGACGCGUCUACCCUCCCACAAUCAGAAGAGGAGUUUUCCUCUUGGGUCGACCUUGACACUCGAAAAUGGACCGACCUUACAUUCAGGUUCCAUACUAGACAAGAAGAGGGCCGGCGGAUGGGACUCUACGACAAUGACAGCGAUGACUCCGAUUCCGUCGAUUCCGAUUUCAGUGAUUCGUUCGAUAUUACCGGCCAUCUCCAAAAGAACUAUGGCAUAACCGUGGCUUCUCAGAAGCACUUCCGCGCCCUCCAAGAGGCUCAACAACCUUCGGUAGGAACACAGCCUGCUGCUGUGUCAACAUCGUCAACCGUCUCUCCCAGCUUCACUGCUAGACGUCAGCUACCAUCGGCUACUGUAAUGGAGCCACGUCCGUCUUUAGAAGAGUCGUUCCGAGGAUCCGGGUUUGGUUGGAAGUCACUCGCUUGUGUUGCUGUCACGGCUGCGGCCGUCGGGGCUGGUCUCGCGUAUGCUUGGUUUUCGGGCUAGACAGUACGCUGUUUGGGUAUGCCUGUCUAUUUCCCAUAGGAAUUGUCUGUUGUAUUCACUAAUUAUAUUUAGUCACCCACCACGGUCCUUCGUUUUCGGUCCUUCGUUUUCGGUAUACGGUUGGCGAGAUGGUUUUGCAGUGCCCAUUGGUAGGGUUGGGUUUUCUCUUAUGUCUUUCGUUUGCUCAUUCCAACCUCUCCUCCCGCUUCCUCCUCAUUUUCAUUAAUGUUCACCUCAGUCUCUAUUCCAAGCCCGUUAUUCACUCGUUUCAGUUACAUUCCUUUCUUUUGCCUUUUGUUUGAACCUGGGGGCGUUACUCAUUUAGGGCACUGCAAAACCGGGAGGAGGGCGGUAUGGGCGUGAUGUGGUUGUG